AUGACGAAAAAGAAGUAUGGGUGGAGUGCAGAUAUGAACGAGUAUACGUGUAACUUUGAAGCAAGUGUAGCUGAUCUUGAGUGGGAAAGAUGGAUCAGAGAAAAUCGCUCGAGGGUCGAUGCGAAGAAAGAUAUAGGGAAUAAGGCUUACUCCUUCAUUCUGCUCUGGAUCACCAGGAUAAAAAAGAAGAAGAAAGCCGCCGCUAGACAUCUAUCUUACUCGAGGAUAGAGCAUGAUUCAAAGGCGAGGACAGGGUUCGCUGAAGAGCUAGCGCCCACCAAUUCCGAAUACUACCAAGCGCGGAAGAAAGAGUCUACUCAAUUAGUGAAUUUUCCUGAUAGAGUCCGACUGGGACCACUGGCCAAGCCGGCGAAGAAUGGUGCUUGCUUCCGACCGGGUGCCAAGGAGCCAGGAUUGAAAUGGAAAGAGGAGUUUAGACAAUGCCCCAGACGGUCACGAUUCCUACUUCGCCUUGGAGAGGAAGCCAGCGAAGGAAACUACGAACGCCAGGCACCCCGAAAUCUCCCUAACAGCGAAAAAGGCGCAAUUUCUUCGAAAAGAUCUGUGCCAGGCCAAGUGGCAGAAGCAAAGGCAAAAGACUAG